AUGACCUAUGAACCAGACGGCACAGCCUCAGUCAUCAUCAUCAACAGCACCAUCCCUCUUAUAGAUCAAUCUGUCAAGCGCUCUACCAGCCCUCUAGUGCCACGUGCCUGCGGCAUGGGUGUGGGAUGCGAUGGGAUCAUUCUGAAUCAUGGGGACUGCGACCUUACCGUUGAGGGACUGAAAGCGCAAUGCGGGCGCAACGUGAACCAUCUCAACUACAAAGGUUCUAUCUAUACGAUUGCGGGUGACACGAUGGCCUUUUACUAUUGUUGCGGGCUGUAUCUCGCAGGGAGCUUCAGUGAUGUGGGGAAUAAGCUUGUGCAGAAGAGCAGGACGUAUAGUUAUGGAUAUACCACGGUGGAGCAUGGAUAG